UCCACAGCGCCAAUAGAUAUAUGAUAUAUUUGAUCAUCACAAACAACCACUUCCAUUACAAACAUUGAUUACUACAAUGGCUAAAGAAUUAGCGCUGCCAUCGUCUCCUUCAGAUGAUCAGAUCCUACGGCGGAGGCUUCCCGUUGAAAAAUUUGAAGCCUCUAUGUGGGCUGAUACUUUCACUGCAUUCUCUUUCGAUAUUCAGGCACAAGAAAAGCGUUCCAAAGCCAUCGAAUCUCUCAAGGAAAAAGUUAGAGAAAUGAUCAUUGCUGGAGGAAGUGAACUGAAUGAGAAGCUAAUAUUAAUCGAUACCGUGGAGCGUUUAGGAUUGGCGUAUCACUUUAAGCAUGAAAUCGAGGAGCAGCUCGAAAGCAUUGCUAGCAAUCUCUCGGAACACAACGACUUAUACACUUCAGCUCUACGGUUUCGAAUCCUUAGACAGCACCACUAUCGUGUUUCUUCAAGCGUAUUCAAUAAAUUUAAGGGUAAAGAUGGGAAGUUUGAAGAGAUGCUUAGUAGAGAUGCGAAGGGAUUGUUGAGCUUACUCGAAGCAUCACAAGUGAGGAUUCAUGGCGAAGAUAUUUUGGAAGAGGGAUUAGUCUUCGCGACUUAUCAUCUUAAUGUUUUGGCGCCAACGUUGGAGGUUUCAUUUAAAGACCAAGUGAAUCGAGCUCUAGAGCAUCCGCCUCAUCACGGCUUAUCAAGAAUUGAAGCGCGCAAAUACAUUUCUUUCUAUGCAAGUGAUUCGUCGCACAACAAAGUGCUUCUAGAAUUCGCCAUAUUGGAUUUCAAUUACUUGCAAAAUCUGUACCUAAAAGAGCUUCAUGAUCUUUCUUGGUGGUGGAACAAAAUUGAUCUCAAGUCGAAGCUCACUUACCUUAGAGACAGAGUUCCAGAGAUCUACUUUUGGAGCUUAGGAGUGUUUUUCGAGCCUCAAGAAUCGCUUAGUCGUUUGGCAGUCGCUAAGUGCACAUUUAUAGCCACUGUAUUGGAUGAUACAUAUGAUAACUAUGCAACAGUAGAAGAAGCAGAAACCUUUAACAAGGUUUUACAAAGGUGGGAUAUCAAUGAAAUCGAUCAACUUCCAGACUACAUGAAAGUUGCCUAUAAGUUCAUUAUGAACACAUAUGAAGAAUUGGCAUGCGAGGCAUCGAAACAGGGAAGAUCUUCUGUAAUUCCUUACAUCAGAGAAGCGAUAAAAGAAAUUAGCCGAGGUUAUAAUCAAGAGCUCAAGUGGUUUAUGGGGAUGGACAUGCCGACAGUCGAAACCUACAACUCAAAUUCACUUAUUACCAGCACGGUAUUCUUAAACUGCAUGGCGGCUUUGGUAGGGAUUAAAUCCGCAUCGGAGGAAGUCUUUGAAUGGGUAGAAAAUAGGCCUAAACUUGUUGUAGCAUCCUCGAGGAUCGGUCGAAUUCUAGAUGACAAAGGCUCACACGAACGUGAGGACCGUGGCGGGGAGCUCCUCACGGCGGUCACCAUGUACAUGAAACAACACGGCACGACUAAACAAGAGACUUUGAACAAAUUUGGAGAAAUGGUUGAGGAUUUAUGGAAGGAGUUUUAUGCGGAGUGGUGCAACUUGCCUUCCCUCGUUUCUUUCGACGCUGCUAAUGUGUUUAUCGACUUUGCUCGCAUGGCGGAAACUCUUUAUAUGCAUUCACAGGAUGGGGUUACAACUCCUGAAAAGUAUUUGGCCCCAGAUAUUUCCAGCAUCCUUUUGGACCCCAUAAUCAUCUGAUUGAUUAUGAUCAGAUAAUUCUUCUUCAUAAUAAAUAACUCUAAAGUUAUGAAUCCAUGUGUGUUCUAUGACCUAGCUGUUGAAGUUGUCGAUAUAAACAUUGUUUGUGGAGCGUGGGGACUUUAUUUCCUUAGAAAUAUUUGUGCUUAAUUGCUUGUAAUUUUCCUCAUGUGUUAUAAUAUUAUCUUUUUAAAG